UCGGCGCCGCUUCGUUGUUUACGCGAACACACCGUGUUACCACUGGAAGUGUUUUCUUGUAUCGCGCGUUCUCUUUUUAUUCUGCGCAAGCGGCUGUCUUGGCGAACACCCUCUCGGAGCUCUGUAGGAGGCUUUCAGUGUCACAGAGAACAACACGGUGUCGGGAUUACAGUAAGGUGGCCUCUACCCGUCUGUCUGGGUCGUCGCACCAGACGAGCGAGAAGAGUGUUGCUCGUAAGAGCCCCAUCGCGUGAAGACCUCUUCGAAGCUUCAGGAAUUCGGCUGUUACUUGAGUAUCUCCGAAGAGCAUCCGCCGGGGCAGUAGCCUUUUUAAGGCUGUUGGUGAUUGGAAAACCUCGCUUCACUGAUUGACUCCGGCUUUGAGCUUCGCGUCGCUGUUACGGCGCGGGACACUUGUACUGUGCCUGAGAAACUGUUGCAGCAGUUGGUUAUUUCGCGGAGUCGUGGUUUCGAAACUGUGUUGGCUUUCAAAAAGUUGUUCGUUCCACGAAACGAGUGAACCGACGUACGCGGCCUCAACCCUUCGUCGCAGUUUCUCUUCGUGUUUUACAGACUGUGUCUGGGAAAUUGUUAGGUAUUGUUAGUUUCGGUUGUUUGCGUAACCGUCGCGAGUGACGUGCGCCCGCGUGGCGUGGUGGACGGGACGCUGCAGCGAUGGAUCUGGACCGCAUCGUGCCCGCGCGUAGCGCCAGCCCCACGGUGCACUUGGCGUACCAGUGCCUCGAGGGAAUCAUCCAGAACAGGGACCACGUGUGGAGCCUCCUGGGAAAGGUGAGGGACGCCCUAUCACCAGCGCCCUCACCACCGCAUUCCGCUGGCAGGAUGAACUACAUUGGCCGGAUUAUCACCAACGUGCGGGAAUUCUGCAACGAAAUCAAUUCGGCGACGCUAACGGGGGCCAUCGAUGUGGUGGUCAUCGAGCAGCCCGAUGGGUCCUUCGCCACGUCGCCCUUCCACGUGCGCUUUGGCAAGAUUGGCGUUCUGCGAAGCAGGGAGAAAAUUGUCGACAUUGAGAUUAACGGGAAACCUGUAGAUAUUCACAUGAAGCUUGGAGAGUCUGGCGAGGCAUUCUUUGUCGAAGAGGUCACUGAAGAAUCGGACCAUGUACCGAUUCACCUGGCCACGUCCCCGCUGCCCGACUGUCACGACAUUGGUGAGGAGUUAAACAAGCUUAAGGCAGCGCUCAGCCAGCAGCUGGAAAACAACAUCAACCGACCCGACUGCCUCCCGUUGGCCGAGUUGAAUGUGGGGACAGACACCAACGAUGAGCUGCCCACCAUCACGGGUACAACGCCGGCAACGCCCAUUCCAUUAGCACCCUCAGCCGAGCCCCGGCGACCCUCCACAACGCGGGUGCACAAGCCCUCUCCCAUCCUCGCGUCGAUGCAGCAACCCCAGGAGUCUAUCGGCGUGCAGACUGAGUCGGCCAUCACCGGUUGUGAAGAGGAGCAGGACGAGAGGCCGUCAAACGAGGCGGAACAACCGGAUGAACCGAAGUACGCCUCGUCUAACAGCCACCAACAGCAGCAGUCAGGCAAGCGGAGGCGGAAGAAGAAGCACCCCAUCCGGCGGCGGUCACGCAUCAACGAGGACCCGCACAGCCGCACAUCUAUGUCGGGCAACGACGACCAGGACAUCUUCCAGAUGGACAGUGACUUUGAGGAAGAGCGGAGCGGGAGUGCGGCGGCCAUUGGCGUCACUGCGCCGUCGUCUUCGUCGCCGUCGCCACAGAUGACACCGUCUACUUCCACAGCCCCAGCGACCAUGUUCAUGAGCCGGUCAGUCACCAUGCCAGCAGACAUAGGUGCAGCGCGCGAGGAGUGGCAGCGAACCAUGACACCCAAGAGGCUGUCGGUGACAUUUCCAGCGGGCGGGGCGUUCCACCCAUACAGUGACGGAGACUUGACGCCACCUCGCAGCCCUCACAACUCGAGGCCCUCGAGCCCAAAGUCUGACACGGAGUACGAGAACCAGAUGAUGGACGUCAACAGCCAGACGGAGGAGAACACCAUCAGCUGGACGUGGGGCGAGCUGCCGCACAUUCCAAACGCGUCGCGGUUCUCCCAAGAAGAGAUAAGCGCGGCAACGUCUGCCAUGAACGGCGGCGUCCUCCGGCUCUCCAGGGACGCCCAGGAUGACAAGCACUUGGGCCCACUGUCCUCCGAUGAAGAGGACGUUGGGGAGAAGCUUGUUGGCGAAGGUGGCAAGCCCUCGAUGCUGGGUGGAGUGCUAAACUUCAUGAAGCCUACGAAAAAGCAGAAAGAGGAGACAACGGCGGCAAAGGAGGGCAUCUUUCUAGAUGAUCUUGACCCUAGGGAGCUUGACCCCGAGGUGGCGGCCCUCUACUUCCCGAAGUUUAGGUCGGCACACUCACCAAGAGGCAAAGACGACGAUGCGGAGUCCGGCAAUGGGCCAUCGUUGUCCCAGUCUCCCAACAGCGACACAGGCGCUGGCCACCUGACAACGCUGCACUGCCUGGACAGCGACACAGAGGAACGGCACAGCAUAUUUGACUUCUGCAGAAACAAGUAUUCGGACCUUGCCAUGUCCCUGUGCGGAGGCCUGAUGGACUGCGAAAAGUCCAUGAUGGAGGAGAAAUUUGCCCACUUCCUGGUCACCUACGACACUUUUUGCGAGAACCCGGAGGUGAUCAACAACCCCGACCUCGUCAUUCGAAUGGGCGGAAAGUAUUACAAUUGGAGUGCCAUUGCACCACAUCUUCUGUCUCUUGCCAUGUUCCAGAGACCCUUGCCAGAGAAAACGCUGGACAGGCUGGCUGACAUCCACAUGCCCAAGAAGAAAAAGAAGUCCACCUACUCCUGGUGGUCCUGGGGCCGUACGGCAGGGGCCAAGCCUGACGGUGUCAACAAGCCCGGCUCUCAGCAUAGCGACGAGAACUUGGGUGUCAGCGAUGGCAGCGAAGGCCUGGACGUCGUCGUCGUGAAGACGUCCGAACCUGCGGUUGCUCCCUGCAGAGACGAAGUGAUCCUUAUAGAUCCCCCACCCACUGUGCCACUCGAAAAAAUCGAAGUGUCGCCCGAGUGCAAGGAGGAGCAGUAUGCGUCGACGUCGAGCGAAGCGGAGACCUCUGAUGCACACGGCGGGGCGAGUUCCGAGCACCGCAAGGCGCCCAGGGAGAAGCGGCCCUUCUUCUGCGACAAGUUCAAGAAGUCCCUUCGCCUCUCGUCCGACGAAAUUGCCAGCCUGAAUCUGAAGAGUGGGCGCAACGAGGCUGUGUUCAGCGUCACCACGGCCUACCAGGGCACGACGCGCUGCAUGUGCCACAUCUACCUUUGGCGUCACGACGACAAGAUUGUCAUCUCGGACAUCGAUGGCACCAUCACGAAGUCGGACGUGCUGGGUCACAUCAUGCCCAUCCUGGGCCGUGACUGGGCCCAGUCUGGGGUGGCCAAGCUGUUUACCAAGAUACACGCCAACGGUUACCAGUUCCUGUAUCUGUCGGCGCGUGCCAUUGGCCAGGCGCACCUGACGCGCGAGUACCUGCGCAGCGUGCGCCAGGGGGACCUUUGGCUGCCCGACGGUCCGCUGCUGCUGUCGCCCACCUCGCUCAUCAACGCCUUCCACAAGGAGGUGAUUGAGAAGAAGCCUGAGGAGUUUAAGAUCAGCUGUCUGCGGGACAUCCAGACGUUGUUCAACGUUACGGGAAACCCAUUCUACGCCGGAUUCGGGAACAAGAUUAAUGACACGCUGGCGUAUCGUGCGGUGGGCAUUCCCGUCUCGCGCAUCUUCACCAUCAACCCCAAGGGAGAGCUCAAGCUGGAGCUCAUGCAGAACUUCUUGUCCUCGUACCACUGUCUGAGCGAUGUCGUGGACCACGUCUUUCCGCCGCUGCACAGCACCCUCGAGAUGGGCCGCUGUGGGGCGCAGUCAUUCUCAGCUUGCGAGGAGUUCAGCUCGUUCACUUACUGGCGGGACCCCAUAGCGCCCGUCGAGAUUAAGAUCGAAGAAGAGCCGAGCAGUAAGCCCGGUGGCAAGCCCCCCUCCAAGUGAGGAGGCGUGCCCCGUCCCCCUGCCCCUUCAAGGGUGUCGCCAACUUCCAUCUAGUCGCCGGGUUCUCAAAGUCGCAGCCAUUCAUGCGCCAUCCUCCCUCCUGCGUCUUUUGAGUGAGCCAGGAAAAUUGGUCCGGGCGUAGCAGUACCAAAGACUCACCUCGUCCUCUUACCAUCCUUCAAUUCACCGUCUUCUCGCCAAUCGCCAGCAUCCUCCGCCAUCAUCGUCGUCUUUAAAAACAUUGCCACUCAGCCGUCUGAACGAAGACGUGAACAAACUGUAGUCUCUGCAUUGCCUGUCCGUUUGCUUUUUUCUGUGAUACUUAGGUGUUUUUCCUUUUGCUCAUAGUUCUUGCUUUCAACCUUCUUGCUUUGCUGCGAUCGUAGGAGCGAUCUGCAAAAUAAGAAGGAACAUUGAAGUGGCGGUAAGACGAGGGUUUCGAAGGGCUGGACCUUUCUGGACCCGAAGCGUUUUCCAAACUAACGCGACAAGUCCCUCAUCGCCAAAUUAACGAUUAGUAUAUGAGAUUUAUUCUCAGCCCCGGUUAUGCUGCGAUCGUAGAAUUAAAAUCUUUCGACAGAAGCCCUGUUGUGAAACACCAAAGGCAUUGAAUGGCCUUCCAUUCCCCAUUUCGACUAGUGGUGUACGAAAACUGUGGAACGUUUUUGUUAGAAAACAACACGCACAGUAACAGCGUGGCGCAUUUUCGACUGUACAUUGUUGAAGUGAAAAUCAUGAAAACAGUACCCAUAAUUUGUUUUUUUUUUCUGUUUAUCACACUUUGUCAGCUGUUACGAAUAGUUUCUGAUCUCUUUGAAUGUAACAUCUUACAGCCUCCCGAGAUUGUGCUCGUUGUUUGAAGGUAGUGUCAUCACAGUUGCUGAAAGCCAUCAAUGCAAUGCUCAUUUCAUCUUUCCUUUUAUUUCUAUUAUAAUACUACUUAAGCUCGAUAUUACUUCGAUUCAGCACUUUACGAAUUCUCGUCAUUAUCAAAUUAAUAUAAAAAUACGUGUUCUCUGAAACGUAAUAACCAGCCAUGUGCGUUUCAUUCGGUGCUUUCCGUGUGAAGGCUUGCAUUUGAUGUUUCAGUUCCUCGUUUACUGUUGUAUUGUUUUCACCCUGUGAUGUGCUCAUUUUGGCACUUAGGAAAGGAAGUAUCAUAUAUGUAAUAAAUAUAGUCUACAUAGUUUAAGAACUACUCUGCUUUUAAGUAAGAACUAUCAGGGUCAAUGAACGAUAUGUGAAUGUGUGAACAUAUUCAUAAUUAACGGAUUCACAUAUUGUUCACAACAUGGAAUAUUUGAAGAUUAUGCGAAAUAGGCCUUUAAUGAAUAGCCUAAUUCUAUUAAGCCUUUUACCAGAGGCCCAAUGAGCUUUUUUUGUUAUAUUUUUAUAGAAAUGUCACGUUCCAUUUUCUUGUCCAAAUGUCAACACAAGGCUGGUACCUGUGUGUGACGAUCAGUUAUAGCGUUCUGUUAUUUGUUCAGAAAAGUGUGGAGAUGUUUGUACUUUAUUUUUCUUCUUUUCUUUAUUGCAAGUUCGAGUAGGUGUUUGCGAUUUUAUUUCUUUUCCUUGAUGAAGCAGCCGGUUACUAGUGUAAAUAUUUGCAGCUCGCAAAGACACGCAUUGUUUUAGCCCUGUGAUGUACAGGUGGCCAUGUUUUUCUUUUCCCUUCCCCAUCACUACUCGGGCGUGUUGUGUGUUUCUUUAUGUUAAUAAAUGUUGUUAUUACAAAUAA